CUCACUAUUCGCUUCAAUUUUCAUUUCUUUUUGGCGAAGCGUCGGUACUGUGUAGACGUGUCUACUGUCUAUAACGUUGUAGUGGUUUUUGUGAAAACUUCUUUUUAUUCAUAUAUUUAACUAAACUAAAUUUAAAAUGAGGCCACAGAAUGGAGAUGAUGGUUAUGAUGAACCUGAAGUACAUCGUAAAAUCUUCAUCGGAGGCUUGAAUUACCGAACUACAGACGAAUCUCUCAAGUCUCAUUUUGAAAAAUGGGGUGAAAUUGUUGAUGUAGUGGUCAUGAAAGACCCUAAAACGAAAAGAUCGCGUGGGUUUGGCUUUAUCACAUACUCUAAAGCGCAUAUGGUGGACGAUGCUCAGAACAACAGGCCACAUCGUAUCGAUGGACGUUUUGUUGAAACAAAAAGAGCAGUUGCUAGACAAGACAUUAAAAAUCCUGAAGCUGGUGCUACAGUUAAGAAAUUAUUUAUUGGUGGAAUUAAAGAUGACCAUGAUGAAGAGCAACUGAAAGAAUAUUUCUCAAACUUUGGUGAAGUUAAAAAUGUCAGUAUUGUUACUGAUAAAACAACAGGAAAGAAACGAGGCUUCGGUUUUGUUGAAUUUGAAGACUAUGACCCAGUUGACAAAAUUUGCUUAAAUGCUCCACACAAAGUGAAUGGUAAACAAUUGGAUGUGAAAAAAGCAUUGCCAAAAGAUGGUUCAGAUUCUAGAGGUGGAAGACAAGGUGGUGGUCCUAGCAGAAAUGACAACUGGGGCAAUGGUGGAGGUGGUUAUGGAAACAAUCAAGGUGGAUGGAAUAAUUCAAACCCAUGGGAUAACAACCAGGGAGGUUGGGGAGGUGGCAACCAAGGGGGUGGUUAUGGGGGAGGUGGUAACCAAAGAGGAGGCUGGGGUAACCAAGAUUUUGGUAACUAUGGUAACCAGGGGUACAGUGGGGGACCAACUAGGAGUCAACAGUAUGGUGGGAAUAAUAGAGCAGCUCCAUACAACAUGAACCAAGGGGGUGGUGGAGGUGGUGGCUAUGGGGGUGGAAACUAUGGAGGUGGCGGCCAAGGAAGAGGAGGGAGAUUCUAAAUGUUACGUGCUAAGUACACUAGUAGUGCAGAGUAUAUCGUGCUAGUGUAGGCGCUCCGGAGCUCAUAGUUACUCAUCAUGGUCUACAUCGAGACCACCUAGGAGAAGGCGUCAGGAAAAUUUUAGACAUUUAGAUAGAACAUAGCAAUCGUUAGAAAUCAAUUGAUUGUACUGAUAUGUAACUCCUAUUUAUUAUCGUAUUUAGGUAUCUGCCGUGACAUAAUUUUAAGAUUAGGAUAGUUUGUGAUUAAAUAUUUUUAUGACUAAGUACAAUUUAGGAUGAUUUGUAAUGUAGAAGCUAGUUACCUAGCUGUGUAGUUGACUUACAUUUUCUCACUACAUCCAGUAUUAAGUUCUCAAAUGAAUGUUUAGGUAUAAAAUUGAUUUAGGAUAAAGCUAUGUUAAUAAAAUUAAAUUUAUAUGUGUAGGGUUGUUUAUUUAGAUCUGUAAAUAGUCCUUUUCUUUACCAUUGUUAGUUCUAAGUUACAAUUUUUAGGCACUAGAAGGUUUUAAUGCUAAAGUGGCAUAGGAAGUAAAAGGGGAAUAUAAUCUAGCUUCAAACCAUCUAGUACUUACUGAUGACAAAUAAUUUCAAAACUGAUAGGUGUACUGACGAUUAGAUGUUUUAAUAAAUCAGUCAUUUUCUUUUGUUGUUAGUCAUUUCCCCUAAAAUUGGAAAAAUGGUAAAGUUUUAUGCUAAAUUUCUAAAACUAAUCUCACCUGUAUCCCUGGUACUAACAAAAAUUGGAUACUAGGUGGCUGUACGUAGAGUAGCUUUUGAUGUUGGGAACUACAUGUACCUAACAUAUUUCUUCUCAUAUUCUUAAAUAAACUAUUUUCCUAAAGUCUUAGGUUAUUUCAAAAUAUGGUUUGAUUCUACAUAGACAAUUCAUAUAUACCUAGGUAGUAAUUUGGUCUUAGCAUUCUGAGAUAAAUAUAAGUGAAAUAAAAUCUCCGUCUGUUAAAUCUAUGUGUGACUCAAAGGAGAGUUCCCACUGAAAGUCUGAAUCUAAGCCUUACUGUUGCUAUUACUCUGUACAACGCGUGUUUGAAUUUUUUUCUAUAGUUUGUCGAAAUAGUAGAUUUAUCAUUUUGAACAAAAUUAAUGCUUAAAUUGAGCUGUAAUAUGAUGUUUAAUAAAGAAAAAUAAUAAUUCAUGUGGGAAAUCCCGUAUAGCAAAGUAAAGAUUUAAAUUCAUGCAAUGAGAUUUUGUGGGUAUGGAUGGUAUUAUAUUUCCGGAGGACUUACAGAAAUCAUGUAAGAUGGUAUCUCAAUAGUUAAUUCUCAUGUUAAUUAUCUAGCAAUUCUAUACAGAUUUAAACGCCCUCUAUUCCUCAUUUAAUGUUAUCGUCAAGUAGUUGGUUAACCUCUAAUAAGAUCUAUAUUUAGGUGUAUUUAUUGCAUUUUACCUUGACAUUCGGAAAACCAUCGAGUCAUUUACGAUAUACGCGAGGAACGUACAACUUAAACUACGAUUUCAAAAAGAAGCCAUUACAUUAAGUGGCUCAACGGGUAAUAGGAACUGGUAGUACUUGAGUACAUAACGGAACGUUCAUUAACAAAUAUUAACACAAGCACUCGAGUGAGUGAAUUAUAACAGCACGUUCACACGUUCACAGAAUUUCUUAACGUCGAAGCAUAGUUCGUCUUGGGUGUACAUCCAACACAGGCCCACUUUUCUGAUUAUUCUGUAUACACGUUUAGAAGCGCUGUACAUAGUUACUAAGGUUAAAAAUAUGUUAUCCACAAUCAGUCGCUCAUAUAAAACCGAAUACGAUACGUAUUUAAUAGAGGUCUAAUAUAGGUUUCUAUCACUUACAGCUACAGUCAAACACACUUCAUCUACAGUUGGUGGGUAAUGUUUUUUUUAUUUUCCACGUCUAUGUACAUAUUUAAUUUGUUUAUUUCCAUGAUUACUACGGGGAAUCUGGGCAUCAUUCUCGAGUGGAAAUGCGAAUUCGGUAAGUGUUUUUCUCAUAUUCUGUGAUCCCUUUUUAUUUAAAAUAAAUAUAUUUUGAAAAUA